GGGACGCUGUUUCGCUCGUUCGGAAGUUUUCUCCUGUGAGACAUUCAGCCUCUUGCGAAUUGAAGGACAAUUAUGAAUCACAGAGAGACGAUAGAUACAAACUAAUUGUAUGCAUUUUAUUCGUUAAUAAAAUUCCCUUGGCAUCCAUGAAUACACGCAAAUGCCCUAAGGGACUGCGGAAAUACUUUGAAGGACGUUAUAAUGAAAUAAUUAGCAAGGGCCAACUAAUUAUAAGGGUACCAUUGUGCGCCGUUUCUUCCCUCUAUCUGAAAGCAUUGUCCGAGUUCGACAAUUGUCCGACAAUCACACCUGGCAACAGGUGUCGCUUCCUAUACCCUUCGUGGUGGUCCUCUUUUAUAGUAAUUCAUCAAAAUGUAUCAAAGUAAAUAGCAUGGUGUUAUGCCUGUGGGCACUGGGAAGAUAGGAUUUAAGUGCUGAGCCUAUGACACAUACUCACAGAAAAAAACUGUGUCAUCAGUGCAGUUGGCCAUUGGUGGCGCAUUGCGUACGAUGGACAAAUGUAGUGCGCGUCUUGGACACCGCGUUUCGCUCUCUACAUUCCUUCUCAAGGAGCUCCCCACCAACUCGCUUUCUCGCACCACCACCAACCCUCCAUCCCUACCACAACAGUAAGAUUGCAGAGAGCCCGUCUACAGUGAUAGAGGGCAGCAGUAUGCCCUGCGGCUAGUGUAAUAGUUUACAGAAAGUCCGAAAUUGUAACUUCCGAACCGCCCGCGCGCUGCCUAACUGCUCAGGAAAUACUACGGAGUUUUGUAACAUAAUUUCCCCAAAGGAGUGACGAGAUUCUGGAGUUGUGGACAAGUGCGGGAACAGGUUGACGCUCAAGAGUAGCUCAUCUUUCGAGAAAGGACAGACUUUUGAACAGCAGGAAUUCAGGAUGGAGAAAGCGCCACUGUUUUUGCCCCUUGUCAUUCUACUGAUGCAAUGCCUUCCCAUUGUCCCUGUUACCGUUUCAACAACCACACCCAAGGUGGAGGUCCGUGAGAACUCUGAUGCGGUUCUGAGCUGUGGUUUUCGGACCGAGAAGGAACCGAAUCCUCGAAUCGAGUGGAAGAAGAAAGGAACAGAUGUAUCAUUUGUUUACUAUGAGGGACAAUUCAGAGGAGCCUUUGCGGGGCGUGCAAGGAUCAACGGGGCAACGGUGACCCUACAGAGGGUGACCCAGAAAGACGCGGGUGAAUACCGCUGUGAGAUCACUGCCCCUCAUGACACCAUCACCCUUGGGGAGACUAACAUUACCCUCACAGUCUUGGUUCCCCCUCACACCCCAUCCUGUGAGAUCCCCAGCUCGGCCCUGACGGGCUCUAUGGUGCAGCUGCGCUGUUUGGACCAGCAGAGCAUCCCCCCAGCCACCUACUCCUGGUACAAAGACGACAAGCUGCUGACCCCCUCCCGCAUGGCCAACGCCACCUACCACCUCAACCCAUUCACCGGCAUACUGGAGUUUAAGACGGUGGCGAGAGGCGACACGGGACAGUACAGCUGUCUGGCAUCAAACAAAGUGGGGCAGUCCAAGAUGUGUGAGGCUAAACACAUGAAGAUAGAGGAUGUAAACAUGGCAGGGGUCGUUGCUGCGGUGGUGGUCAUCUGUCUGGUCAUCGCCGUUUGUGGCUUCGGAGGGUACUAUGCACACCGUAAUGGCUACUUCAGAAGACACAAAGGAAGGUCCUUUUGGAUCCCUCAGUGUCAUGGUGUGGCCCACAUCAGCAGCCAGAACCUCCAUAGAACUGAAGACAAGACUAAUGCCAACUACAGCCCGCCGCCCCAACAUCCUGCGGACUUCAAACACACCCAGUCUUUCAUGCUGUGAGGCUCUCAACAACCCCCUAAAAGAUACUACACAGACACUAGCACCAUGACAACACUGGAGUAGUUUUAUUCGACCCAAAUGAAUAGCUCUAAGAAUAAUUACUUUUUGGGGGACUGACCAACCCUGCUCUCCUCACCCUUGUGGAUGGAUAGCAAGGAGGGGCAGACAACUCUACGUAGAGGCCAUUUAUUCCUCCUGUUUUGCUGUACCUGGGCCCUCAAUGCAAGCCUAUUAUAUUAGUCACAUGGUACUCCCCUCUGGUGGCCACACAUGCUCACUUCCCCCUCUACUGGCCAAAACAUUAACUACCUAAAUCGUAUGUUACCAAAGACUUGAACAUGGCAUCUGAGUGUAAUAUACUGUACAUAUUUUCUGAUGGCUAUUGGCUAAGCAUUGAUGUGAACACAAGGGAGCAAUCACAUUAGGGCUCCGUAGUGGCACAAGGCACUGCAAGAGACAUUACUACAGUCCCUGGUUCAAAUCCAGGCUGUAUCACAUCCGGCCAUGACUGGGAGCCCCAUAGGGCGGCGCACAAUUGGCACCUCGCUAUGGGACUGUUAAGAACAUGGUCUAACCCGGCCAAACCCUAAAGACGCAGGGCCAAUUGUGCGCCGCCCUAUGGGACACAGCCUGGAAUCGAACCAGGGUCUGUAGUGACACCUCUAGCAGAGAUGCUGCACCACUCUGGAGCCCAAAAUUACAUAGACUAACACAGGGGCUAAUUAGAAUACAGGUAUUUUUUUUUAAAUCCACAUCAUAAUCCGUCUGUUUUAAGACGGAGAAAUUGUUUUUUUGCAGUGUUUGUCAGACCAGGAGACAUCCCGAAAAACGCCAGAGAUCACAAACCUUAUGGAUUGCUUCAUCUCCAUUUUGAAUACAGGCCAUCCACUAUAUUGUUUUCAGAACAGUGCAGGGUCGAUUCAGUGCUAUGAUUGCAAUUUAAAAGGCGAUGUUCCUAUUUUCGCAGACUGCCUUCACGAUAAAUGCUGCAUAUGUUGGCUCAAUAGCUCUGAACUCAAUAGCUCAAUAGCUCUGAACUCGGAAACACUAAUUGAAUUGUGACCGUUGAGAUGGACCCCUGCUCACCUGAAUAUGCCCAGUGCAUAUCAAAUGUAGUUGUCAUACUCUAAUCUAGAGGCUCUUUUUUUAUGUAUUGUUUAAGCUAAAGUAUUAUUGUGCAUUUUUUCCUAAUAGAGAGUAUGUUUCUUAGGCUAUGGAUGAAUGGGUUGCUGUAAGUGUAUUCUUUGUAAAAUGUUUACUCUGUAUUAAAGAUUUAUCAAAAAUUUGUUCAAUAA